CCUCGAUCACGUGUACCAAUCCCUGUGGUCAUCCGCACUAACCAAUGACGAAGCCAUAACGCCAUGGAAUGACUCACUCUCGCUCUCGCAAUCGAAAGCAUUCUCGUCGCACCUCUUCGUCUUCCUCCUCUUCUUGCGAUUCCCACGAAUCUGAUUGUUCUAAAUCCCAUAGGCGCGGUUAUGGCAAGAACAGACGCAAUGAGGUCAAGGGGUCUGGCUCCUCGACUCGGCACGCGCGACGUACACAGCGUGGUGAUAUUAUACAUAAACUGGCCAAACGCGUCUACCGCAUGGUAGAUGAAGAUAAUCGAAAGCACAUUGAUUCCAAACGACCGUCUUUAGAAAACACAGUUCCUUCUUGUGGCUGUCCACUAAACUGCGGAGCUGAGUUACAAAAGUUACGAGAUUACGUCAACCGUCUGCAUCCCCUUUUGUCAGAAAACAAUCAAGAUAACUUACAGCAACUUGAAUGUUUUUGUGAUGUUCCAGAACGUCUUUUGCUUGAAGCGUGGACAAUUAUUGGGGCCCAGAAACUGAAGGAGCUUCUCACGGAGGACCUAUUGGUCAUUUGUGCUCGGAGAGAAAAGAGGGACUCAAAACACCACCAAACCAAUUCCGGACGGCCGUUACCUCCGUUCACUUCUUUUGAUGAAUUGCAUUCAAAUCCACAGCCUACUUGUGGCAUCACUGAGUUAUGGAGGCGUUCCUUAACUGAGCUGAGACAACUUUCUACUGAGCAGGUUAAGUGGGUACUUUCUGGGUCCCCGAAUGCCAAUUUUAUCGCACUUCACUGGGAUGAAUCAUCAAAACAUGCAGCGGGCACCACCCAAGACGAUUCUGCACCCAAAAAGGAUACACAUCUAGAUUCGAACUCACAGUUGAACCCUAUGAAUAAGGAAGCUGGCGAAUUGGAAAUGAGGACCCGGGCCAUUCGAUCCCUGGCAAACGCAGAAACUGUGUAACCGGUUGUUUCACGCAUGUAUCUAGUUCCCUUAAUUGAUUCGUUUUGAUUGUACCACCAUACUUUAAACAUGAAGAAAAAUAAUCCCAGUCUGUUCUUUUAUUUCCGUUUUUCUAGUUGAAUAUGGGUUGGAAAGGUUUAGAUCUUUUUCGUUACUUACACAGAAUCCAUGUAUUCUGAUAGCACGGAUCUGUGGCCUCCAUCCCUUCGACGCUGUGCAAGCUUCCCAAGAACAAAUGUGCAACGAGUGAAUGAGUGGCUCUUGAACACAUACUAGUCCCGUUGAGAUAUUUUGUCCGCAGUUAAGCGCAGUCUGAUCUGAUCCUAGUGUCCGUGGUUCUAUUCUUGUGUUACUUUUUCCAAGUUUGACGACUAGCUCGGUAAUCCAACCUUCAAUAUCUUGUCCAAUCUUUAGGAACAUUUUCUGACUCGCCACGAGUUGAUCUCCAAUGCACUGUACGAAUGCUU